AUGGUGGACCCAGUGGGGUUUGUGGAGGCUUGGAAAGCUCAGUUUGCAGACUCGGAGCCUCCCAAGAUGGAGCUGAAGUCAGUGGGAGACAUCGAGCAGGAGCUGGAGCUGUGCAAAGCCUCCAUCCGGAGGCUGGAGAUGGAAGUCAACAAGGAGAGGUUCCGCAUGAUCUACCUUCAGACCCUCCUGGCCAAGGAGAAGAAGAGCUAUGACCGACAGAGGUGGGGCUUUAAGCGAGUUUCCCAUCUCCCUGAAGGGGCUGCGGAGCUGCAGAAUCAAGACCCACAUCACCAACUGGCUGAGCAAGGGGAGCUGGAAAAAAACAAGCCCCAUCAUGGAGAGGAGAGGUUCAAGCCAAGGAUACCUUCUCUGCGGAAACUGUCCACCCAGAGCGACGGGUCAGACCUGUCGUUGCUGGACAGUCCCCACCAUGGAGAAGGGGAUCAGGACAGGUGUAAAUACUACAGUGAAGAAAAGCUGAAGAGAGUCGUGGAGGACACGGAGAACCGCUGCGAUACAGAGGGGUCCCCUUCGAAACCCAGGCUGGCUUCCACUCGCAGGCUGGUAGGAUCCGCUGAGAAAGAGGGGUCUUUUGAGCCAAUUGCGAAGGAGAGAGGGAACACUACCAGUGUAGCGGCGCUGAGGUCCAAUUUUGAGCGGAUUAAAAAGAUAAAUUUGCAUUCCUCUACAGAUAGCAAGGAUGCCUCGGAGAAGCCCUUUUACGUGAACAUGGAGUACCACCAUGAGAAGGGGCUUGUGAAGGUCAAUGAUAAAGAUGUUUCAGAUAAGAUAAGCUCCCUGGGUAGCCAAGCCAUGCAGAUGGAGCGCAAAAAGUCUUUGCAUUCUCUUCCUCCGAACAUGGUAGCCAGCUUUAGUGAGUUCCAAAGGGCUGCCUACAGGGGGAGAUCCUCCGAGAGCACCUUUGGCUACGAUGGAGAGUAUGAGGAUGCUGAACUGAACCCCAGGUUUCUGAAAGACAACCUGAUAAAUGCCAAUGGGGGCAACCGAGCACCAUGGCAACCAAUGGACUUUCAGCCCUACCAAAGCAUCUACGUUGGUGGGAUGAUGGGGGAAGGAGAAAGCAAAGGAUCUGUCCUGCGAAAUCAAAGCAUGUCUGACCAGGAGAAACAUCUUACAUGGCCCAGGAGAUCUUAUUCCCCCAGGAGUUUUGAGGACAUUGGGGGAGGGUAUACUCCUGACUGUAGCUCUAAUGAGAACCUCACAUCCAGUGAGGAGGACUUCUCUUCAGGUCAGUCCAGCCACGUUUCUCCCAGCCCUACCGCUUACCGCAUGUAUCGGGAUAAAAGCCGUUCUCCGUCCCAGAAUUCACAGCAAUCCUUUGACAGCAGCAGCCCACCAACUCCUCAGUCUCAAAAGCGGCACAGGCCACAGCAGGUUGUUGUGUCUGAAGCUACUAUUGUAGGAGUACGAAAAACAGGGCAGAUCUGGCCGAAUGAUGGAGACUUACCAUCUGGGAGAAAUCAUCAGGACAGCUGUUUCCAUGGAGAUACAGAUGCUUCAUUCAGUGGGACGCCACCUAGCUAUGCCUAUGAUGCUGACCGUGCUGAAGAACAGCGGCGACACCAUGACAUGAUGCCCUACAUUGAUGACUCACCGUCAUCAUCGCCACAUCUCAGUUCCAAGAGUCGGGGCAGCCGAGAUACCCUCUCUUCAGGGUCUCUGGAGUCCACAAAAUCAAGUGAACCAGACUUGGAGAAGGGCUUGGAGAUGAGGAAAUGGGUCCUGUCUGGAAUCCUAGCCAGUGAGGAAACCUACCUGAGCCACCUAGAGGCUCUGCUGCUGCCCAUGAAGCCUUUGAAAGCUGCUGCCACCACUUCUCAACCUGUAUUGACCAGUCAGCAGAUUGAAACCAUUUUCUUCAAAGUGCCUGAGUUAUACGAGAUCCACAAAGAAUUCUAUGAUGGUCUCUUUCCUCGUGUGCAGCAGUGGAGUCACCAGCAGCGUGUAGGAGACCUUUUCCAGAAGCUGGCCAGCCAGCUGGGAGUGUACCGGGCCUUCGUGGAUAACUAUGAGGUUGCCAUGGAGACAGCAGAGAAAUGCUGCCAGGCCAACGCUCAGUUUGCUGAAAUCUCUGAGAAUCUAAAGGCCAGAAGCACAAAGGAUUCUAAGGAUCAGACGACAAAAAACUCCUUGGAAACUCUACUGUACAAGCCAGUGGAUCGAGUGACACGCAGCACACUUGUUCUUCAUGAUUUACUGAAACACACUCCAGCCACCCAUCCUGACUACCCCCUCUUGCAGGACGCACUGCGCAUCUCUCAGAAUUUCCUGUCCAGCAUCAAUGAGGAGAUCACGCCCCGCAGACAAUCAAUGACUGUCAAGAAGGGAGAGCACCGGCAGCUCCUGAAGGACAGUUUCAUGGUGGAGCUGGUUGAGGGGGCUCGGAAGCUGCGCCACGUCUUUCUUUUCACUGACCUGUUCCUGUGUGCCAAGCUCAAGAAGCAGAUUGGAGGGAAAAGCCAGCAGUAUGAUUGUAAAUGGUACAUUCCGCUCACAGACCUCAGCUUCCAGACAGUGGACGAGGCCGAGGCUGUGCCUAACAUCCCACUUGUGCCUGAUGAGGAGCUGGAUGCCAUGAAGAUCAAGAUUUCCCAGAUCAAGAAUGACAUCCAGCGGGAAAAGAAGGCGAAUAAGGGCAGCAAAGUCAUUGAGAGGUUGAAAAAGAAGCUCUCUGAGCAGGAGUCCCUGCUGCUGCUGAUGUCCCCCAACAUGGCUUUCCGGGUGCACAACCGCAAUGGCAAGAGUUACACGUUCCUCAUCUCAUCAGACUACGAACGUGCGGAGUGGAGAGAAAACAUCCGGGAACAGCAGAAGAAAUGCUUUAAAAGCUUCUCGCUCACAUCAGUGGAGCUCCAGAUGUUGACCAACUCAUGUGUCAAGCUUCAGACUGUCCACAACAUUCCCCUUACCAUCAAUAAAGAAGAUGAUGAAUCCCCCGGGCUCUAUGGAUUCCUGAACGUGAUCGUCCAUUCUGCCACAGGAUUCAAACAGAGUUCAAAUCUGUACUGCACAUUAGAGGUGGAUUCCUUCGGGUAUUUUGUGAACAAAGCUAAGACCCGUGUUUACAGGGAUACCACGGAGCCCAAUUGGAAUGAGGAGUUUGAAAUUGAGCUGGAGGGCUCACAGACCCUGCGGAUUCUGUGCUAUGAAAAAUGCUAUAACAAAACCAAGCUCACCAAAGAGGAUGGAGAGACCACUGACAGGAUCAUGGGGAAAGGCCAGAUCCAGCUGGAUCCACAGGUACUGCAGGACAAAGACUGGCAGCGGACAGUCAUCUCAAUGAAUGGAAUUGAAGUGAAACUGUCUGUGAAAUUCACCAGUCGGGAGUUCAGCCUGAAAAGAAUGCCAUCCCGCAAACAGACUGGGGUCUUUGGAGUCAAGAUUGCUAUUGUCACCAAGAGAGAGAGAUCCAAGGUGCCUUACAUUGUGCGCCAGUGUGUGGAGGAGAUAGAGCGGCGUGGGAUGGAGGAAGUGGGCAUUUAUCGUGUCUCAGGGGUUGCAACUGAUAUCCAGGCUUUGAAAGCUGCCUUCGAUGUCAACAACAAAGAUGUGUCAGUGAUGAUGAGUGAGAUGGAUGUUAACGCCAUUGCUGGGACAUUAAAGCUGUAUUUCAGAGAACUGCCUGAGCCCCUCUUCACAGAUGAACUGUACCCCAACUUUGCAGAGGGCAUCGCACUUUCAGAUCCGGUUGCAAAGGAAAGCUGCAUGCUGAACCUAUUGCUGUCACUUCCAGAACCUAACCUUGUGACAUUCCUUUUCCUUCUGGACCAUUUAAAAAGGGUUGCUGAGAGGGAGAGCAUCAACAAGAUGUCCCUGCACAAUCUGGCAACUGUCUUUGGACCAACGCUGCUGAGACCCUCAGAGAAGGACAGUAAAAUUCCUGCUAACCCAACCCAGCCCAUAACAAUGACUGACAGCUGGUCACUAGAAGUCAUGUCCCAGGUUCAAGUUCUUCUUUACUUCCUGCAGCUGGAAACGAUUCCCACCCCAGACAGCAAGAGGCAAAGCAUCCUCUUUUCCACAGAGGUAUAGAGGUCUGGUUUUAGCAAGGGGACUUGUAGAACUGCUCUCAGUGUGAACCUGCCACUCUGAGAGUGAGAAGACUGGUUCUUCAGACAUUCUUGGCCUGCUCCCUUCGCAGGGAAGUGUGGCCUUCAGUGCUUCUGCUGUUUGUCACACAGAGACACAAGCUGAAGAGAAAGGAGAAACUCCCUCUCGUUUUGAUCGGUAAGAACAGGAAAGAAUUGGACAGGACAUGAGACUGUGCUAAGAGCCUCCACUCGAAGGAGCAAUAGACACUUUAAUGAAGGCCACCCAGGGCACAGCUGCUGUGCUUGUUGGGAAUAGGACAGAAGAUUUUCCUCAUUUUUAUGGAGUUAAUUUAUCAUAAAGAAGUUUCAAGAUUUCUACUGGACCACUUGUCAGGAUGCCCUGGGGUAAGGGGGUGUUUAAAGGAUUUGUCACAACUGUGUCAUUUUAUAACUGCUGUUUUAAGCUAUUGUUCUGGGUUACAAGGGAUUGCGCUGCUCAGCAAGGGGGAGCCACAAUUCCCUCCACUCAGAAAUUCAGGCCUUGAUUUGAACAGGGUUUUUGAACCAAUACACCAGAAGUUUGGUGCACAACUGGACCUGUUGUUUUUUUGUCUCUCUCCUGCCCACUUCUUCCCUUGUAAAGGUUUGUACAAACUUGAGGGAAGGGGCAGCCCUCUUUUUGCCUCUUUGUUGCACUUCUGACACUGUUUUGGUGUUAAAAGGAGCCAGCCUCAGUUGCAAUGAUACAAUGAGUAAGCCUAGGCCUCCCUGCCAUUUGUCAACAGGCAGGGCGAGUGCACCAUGAGCCUGUUCUCUGGAACAAGCAAGCGUGCUUGGCUGUGUCAGAAAGGAGUGGCUGGGCUCUCCAGAGGAUCAGUAAUUUUUUUUGGGCCCUUUUCAAAUUGGACAGAAAUGAACUGGUGAGGCUGCUGUAACUCCCAGCUCUUCAUAUGAAUGCAUGUUAGCACUGGUGCAAAAAUAAGCACUAAAAACACCUACUGAAGUAUCUUCAAACAUCUGGGGACAAAAAAUCAACAGCUGUCUUUCUUGCUGGCUGCGUACUCUAAACUGUUCUUAGAAAAGUUUGUUUUGAAACUUGAAUUCCAUUUUCUUUUGUUCGAGACUUUGUAUGUUGCUUUUCCAAGAGUCUUUUUUCUGAUUGGCACAAAUGCUUUGGUGUGUCAGAAUGUACUAUCACAUGGACAAUUUCACAGGUAGCAUGCAUUUUGUAUUCUUCAGAAAUUCCAACCCUGUUUUAAUUAAGAGCUGUGCAGCAAUUUCUGUGGAACUACACAGCAAUACAAGAGAAGGGGCCAUAAUACCUACUCUGCUUCUACUAGUGUAACCAGAAUGGCUUACGUGGGUAGAAGUGGGACCAGUAUUUGCCUUGGGAAUUGUAAGCAUAAGUUAAUUGCCUGGUAUCUAGACCAGAAUGAGCUAUUCUGGUCAUGAAGCAGAUGUGCCAAACAUCUGAGGGGAGAUUCCAGCUGCAUAAGGUAUUUCCUCCCCCUUUACAACUCACCCCAUUGUGCAGUGUCAACUUUAGUUAUGACCAUCCAUCACCAUCCUGGCUUUGAAAAAAAAGGCAGCUUGAAGAGAAAAAAAUAGAAUAAGGGGUGGGAGGGAUUGGGAGGGAAGAAGCCAGUUGAAAAAAGAAAUGAUGCAGUUGAAUCAUCAGCAUCAUUUAAGGGAUAUACUAAAGAGAAAACCAAUCCUGUUAUGCCAAAUUUUCAGAAGGUCUCUCAAACCUCUCCAUUGUGAAAAAUGACAGAGGAAUCUUCCAAACAAGGGGGGGGAAGCAAAGAAACUAAUUGGUAGUCACUCUAAUUCUGACUGCUGCAUACUAUUAGAUGUUAUUGUACUGUGAAGUUGCAAAUUCAAAAGAAGACAAAUAGAAAUGAUUUCGAUUUUGUGAGUAUAUCAACAUUUUGCAUGCUAUUGUAAGGAUUCGUAUAGGAAUUUAAUAUUGCUUAGCACCCCUCCCUUCUUAGGUCUGGGAGCAAAACCUCUGUGUGUUGUACAACUAGAAAAUCCUUCUCUGGAUUGUAUUUCCACUGCAUUCUCACUUUAAACCCUCUUUUCUGUUAGAAACCCUAAGGCCAAAAAAUGUGCAUGGUUCAGAGGUAUUUGCACAGAGGAGGGUGGAGCCAAGGAAACUUGAAGGCUUAAAAUUUGUCCUUUUUUAAUAGGGGAGGGAGGGGGGUGGAGGGCACUGGGGAAAAAUAGAUAAAAAUUGGUCCAAUCCUGAAAGCUAUCUCAAGGAAAGUGAUGCCAUCCAAUAACACACUUUGGUUUCGCGCUUUUCUGUGUUUUGUGUUUUAAUAGCAUAUCUGUAAUAAUCCUUUCACUGUCAGCUGCACACCCACCCGUCCCUUCAUGGACUUCAGAGUUUGGUAUGUUUGAGGCAGCAGCACUGCAAAUAACUUUGUUUUGAAACUCCUGCUCCAAGUAGUGGUGUAAUAAUUUUCUCCUUUUGGUGUUUAUAAUCUGUGGCUGCAGGUUGCAGUGUUUAAACUGGAAAGCAAUACCAUAAUGACUGUGCCAAUUUACUUUUGCCGGACUUUUUUAUUUUUAUUUAUAUAGGAAGUGUAAUUUUAAUAUUAAAUUGCUGAUUUAUAUUAUGUAACCAUAAGAAAGUUGCUUUUUGCUUUGGUUACUGUUCCAGGUUGUUGCUUUUAGUCUCUUAGUACAGUACAAGGUGUGAUUCUAAUGAAACACUAUCUAACAUGCAGGCAUGUGGAUCAGAAGAAGUGUCAAGAGUUAAUUUAACGUAACCCGUUAAUUAUUUUUGUUGAGUACAAGUGUAUGUUUUCCCCAAAGCUGGUAAUUUUGGGCUGGAAAAAUAGCACAUCCUCUGAUACUGGCAGGGUCAUUGAUUUGUUUGAAAUGUGGGAGUGGUUUAAUUAAACUUUCCUUAGAGAUGCAGCUGUAAGUCUUGUGUGGGGACUACGUUUCCCGAAAUUGAAAACUCACAAAAGGCUAUUUCCCUUUGCCCACUGUUUUCUUACAUCUCAACACAAUAAAUGAAAAAGAACUGAUCCUUUGGAGUGUCAGAGAGGCCUGCUUCCCAGGAGGAAAACUGGCCUCUCCCAUCGUACAUUUUAGAAGACACAGCAUCAGCAGUGUGAGAGCGAGAACUGGCAAGAUUCAACCUUCUUGGAUAGAUUGUAAUGUAUGCUGGGAAUUGGUACCAACGUAUUGAAUAAACUCUUCCAAGCCCAUAGCUUUCAGCUGCUUAAACCUAAAACAUGAGAACGUGCAUCUGGGAUUAUUCAGAUAAUCUCAAUAUCAUCUGUAUAACAUCAUUUAAAAAAGAAAAGGCACCAGAGCCCUUGCCUUUAGAAAUAGCUUUAAAAAAAAUUAUGUGGAUGUUUUUCCAAUCUGGAGUAAGUCUUUAAACCAGCAAGUAGCAGUAAGUAAAACAAACAAAUAAACCCUGAAAAAGAGUGUAUAAGGACCAGUGAUAACUGCUUAGAUCUGUUUUAUCUUUGUGUUUUGCGUGUUGUUUUAUAUUGGGGGGAAAAGGUGUCUUAGUUGAAACCAAACUGAAACACAUCCAUUUAAAUGCUGCUGGUGCAUUUUACUCUUGAAAAGAGUAAAUGUAAAGAGCUGAGGUAGUUGUUAGGCUAAAUCAGGCUGUACUUUAUAUGCUGCUAAUUUUUUAUGUAUCAGCUAAGGGCAACAUAGAGCAAUGCAUUGAUCCCAUUCACUGAUGCCUAAUGCCUGGCUUGACUCUGACCUUCAGUUGCCAAGUAAAGUACAGGGCAAUCAAUAUGUACCAUGUGAAAUGAAACUGCAAAUACUUUUUGUAGGUCACUACGUGAUGCAACUGUGGAUUGUGUUUGUUGGAGAUGCUGUUUGUUCACUUGAAUUGUUUUCUGAUUUGUUUUAUGUUUCUUUUAUAUAUUGGUUCCUUUAAACAAAUGUACUGUUCUGUAAAGCACAUAAAGGGUCUUCAAACUUGCUCACCACCCAUUGCGACACUGGAGGGCGUUACGGUAUGUGUUCACUUCUCGCACUGUGCCAUUCCUCAAAAUACAUGUGGAGCAGAAAAUGAACAGCUUUGGCCUUUCAAGGUGCCUAAAAUCUGCAUCUUAAUAAAGAUUAAAAAACCCCUCCUGCUAUCCUUCACUGCUCAGUCCUUCCUUUAUUUUAGUGCCUACUUGUGUCCAAAGGGAAUACCUUUCCCAGUUCUUACUCUGGCAAGUCUUUCAUAAGGCAUUAACAUUUUUUUUUAUUGGAAUUUCUGAGCUGGCAACGGGCAUACGUUACAAGAAAGCAGAAGAAUUCACUCUUGUAGGGACUCAUUUCUGUCCCUUGAAGAAAUUAAAAAAUGAACAGGACAGUUCCUAAGUAGAAACAGUCAAAUCAUGUGGACGAGUGGAUUUAGGGUUUGCAGCCUAGUUUUGUUUUUCUGGUUUCCAUUGUCUCUGUAAACUUUGCCGAGCUGCUCUCACUACUCAUUUGAAAAAUUGCCGAUGCGUGUGGAACACCUCUCUUAAAUCCAGGCUGCUUAGAGAGAGACACUGAGGCUUUGGAGUUAGAGGUGCUAAUUCUUCACAUGAAACUGGAAUGAAAAGCGUGUGUUCAGGUUGAUUAUAUUAUUGCUUGUUGUAUGGAAGGCGGGAUCCAGGUUGGCCUUGAAAUUAAAGGGCUUUCCCUUAAAGGAGGCACCUAGAGGUGAUGAGCUGUGGAUUACCAACCUCUGCAGGGUUUAAAAUAACAAUUAGGAAUCCUGCAAAUCAUAUGGUCUAGCGUUAAAAGAAGCAAAGCAGCUGCCUCUUGUUCAAUAUCAUACAAAGAGCCUGUGCCCUCAGAUACACCCUGAGCCAAGUGUAUUUUCAGUAGUUCACUGAACUUUACUACGGGAAGCACAGGCAUUCAGCGCCUGUCACCUGCUGGGUCUGAUGUGCUGCAAUCCUCCUCUCUCGCUACCAAAACCAGUACAAUUCCAAUGCUGAGUAUUCCAUCUUGUCGCUUGUUUUAUCCAAAGUGUCUGUCCUCAGUGAGGAGAAAGGUUCUGUAGGUUACACAGUGACUGCAACAAAAAAAAAGAUGCAACAAACAGAUAAAGCACAGGCUGGAAACAGCAAAUUAGAUUAAAUGAGAUGCUGAAAGAGCCAACCUCCAGGCCAUGAGAAUAGUGUCAUGCAAAGUUACUGUUGGGAAGUGGUUACAGCAGUAAGACUAAAGUGACCUUUAUGAAGAAGGGAAGAGAAAUGUCCCGAUUCUCAUUCUCCCUUGGGCAUAUCUCUGGAAAGUUCAUCUUGUUUCUGUGGGCCACCCAAAAUGCAGCAAUGGAGCUCCUGAGGAAUAGCAAACAUGGGCGUGACUUGGGAUGCCCCUUAUUGCUGAUUCUCUGUGAACAAAUGGACUGUGCUGAACCUGUAGAUCAUCAUUGCAGAACAUACAGGCAGGGACUCUAUGCAUAUACUUUUCUUGCCCUCUACCCUUUGCUUUCCUUCCUCUAAAUCCUUCUGCCUUACCAUGAGAAAUAAGCCCUCUUUGUCAAACACAAAUUUGAGCCAUAUCCUGUCCUGCAUUGCAGAAGCUCCUGUAUUGAGUGACCCACUUACAUAGAAUAGUUGUCUCCUGAUAGCCCUAAAAGAUUUUUCAGGCAUCUGGUACAGAGUGGACCAAACUGUGCUACAACAUCAUUAUGAAACCUAGUUGAAAUUCAUUUGGGUUCUGCUUUAAGUUUAGGACAGUGUGUCUGAACAUAACUGCCCUUAAGAGGUUGCCCCAAGCUAUCAGUAGUUCUCCUCCAGUGCUUUACUACCAUCCUCAUGAGUAAGUUUUUACUAAUAACUAACCAAAAUUUCCCUUGCUGCACCAUGUUCUGUCAUCUGCCACCAGUGAGAACAGUCUAGCUCCAUCCUAUUUGGAACCACCCUGCAGGUAGUUGAAGGCUGCUAUUAAAUUCCCUCUCAGUCUUCUCUUCAGAUUAAAUAAACCCAGUUCCCUCAGCCUCUCAUCAUAAGUCCUGUGCCCCAGGCCUCUAACAAUUUUUGUUGCCCUCCGCUGGACUCUCCAAUUUGUCCACAUCCUUUCUGUAGUGGGGAGCCCAGAUGUGGCCUCACCAGGCUAAAUAGAGGUGAAUAAUCACUCUCCUCAAUCUGCUGGCAGUGUACUCCCAGUAUGAUGUUAGCCUUCUUCAGAACAAGGGCAGAGGCUCAUAUUCAUUUUAUUGUCCACUGUAGUCCCCAGGUCCUUUUCUGCAGAGCUGUUGCUCAGCCAGUCAGUCGCAGCCUGUUGGUGCAUGGGAUUGCUCUGUCCUAAGUGCAGGACUUUGCACUUCUCCUUGUUAAACUUCAUGGCUGUAUCCACACGAGCAUGAAUGUUUCUUUCCCUGGGGCCAAGAAGCACACCGUGUGCCUCUCCUACUUGGCGCAUAGCAUAGACAUUCCCUGGGGACGUCUGGAGCACAGCAGAUUACCCCCAGUGGGUAGGGGAAGCUGGGGCCAGCAACUGUGCUGGCCCAAGCAGCCUUACCUGGGGUCCCGGUGGCUGGGGGAGCUGCAGCCACGGUGCUCCUGCCAUUCAGAUCUUGGGCAGCAGCCAGAGUGCGUUUCCAGCUGGCCAGGCUCUGGUUUUGGGUGAUGCAUGCUGCCCCCAUGUGCACGACCUUGCUUCCUCCUGUGCAGCCCCCCCCCCCCCCCCGAAGGUUUUUUUUGGACCCCGGGAUUUCCUGGGGUCCCCCCCAUGCUGCUACUUUGCAGCACAGAGAACACCUGAAAGUGCAGUGUGUGGCACCGCAGAUGGGUCUGUGGCACCACAUACCCCACAGCUGUGCUCGUCUAGAUGUGGCCCAUGAGAUUUCUUUUAGUCCAAUCCUCCAAUUUAUCUAAGUCUCUCUGAAUCCUAGUCCUAUCCUCCAGUGUAUCUACUUUUCCCCCCAGUUUGGUGUCAUCUGCAAGCUUGCUGAGGGUGCAUUCUAUCCCAUCUUCCAGGUUGUUGAUGAAGACAUUGAAUAAAACCAGCCCCAGGACUGACCUCUGGGAAACUCCACUUGAUACUAGCUGCCAUCUGAGCAUCAAGCCUUUCAUUAGUACCCUUUGAGCCCGAUGAUCCAGCCCAUUUUCUAAAAUCCACCUUAUAGCCCAUUCAUCCAACCCAUAUUUCCUUAGCUUGCUUGCGAGAAUGUUGUGGGAGACCAUAUCAAAAGCUUCGCUGAAGUCGAACUAUAUCAUGUCCACUGCUCUCUCUGCAUCAACAGAGCCAGUCUGGUCACAGAAGGCAAUCAUUUUGGUUAGGCAUGGCUAGCUACUUGCCAGUUGCUAGGACAGCUAUUGCAGUUUCUCAGCACAGAGGGGCCAGAACAUUUCUUGAGUCAUCUGUGCCCAAGAUGCUGCCAGAUAAAUUGUCUUCACAGCUCAGCCUUAGAAAGCAAUUGUGCCCCAGACCCCACUUGUUUCUCUGUAUUGACAUAUGGAGGGAGUUGGCUGUGCCCAAAUGGUGACAGCUCCCUGCAACACUUAACCAAGAUUCUGUGUAAGAUGUUCACUGAGUCUGGGGAUCCUGCAGAGGCCUCUAUGCAGAUGGCUCUGAGCACCUCCUGAUUUCCCCAGAUGUGUAUGAAUCCUAAAGGAGAGACAGAGUUUGGACUCCUUAGCAAAUUCAACUUUUUCUCUUCCCCAACUAGAAGAAGGACCAUGCACCAGUCUGCAAAGAGAACCCUUUGGACCUACAGUAGUCCUGUUAGGUCUGGACAUAAUCCACAUCAGCUGGAGGAGACUAUAACCAUGUUUGAAAACUUUCAAAUAGUCAUGGGUCAUCAUGUAGAAAGAGCCACAGGAGACGAGCAUUUCUUCACAGCAGUACUUCCUAACCUAGCUCCUCCCUGGCCCUUGGCUGAGUUACAGCCUGAGAGUGGGCUUAUUCUGGGCUUCUUCGUAACUUUUAAACACUUGUGAAUAUUAUACAAUAACUGCACUUGCUUGGAGCAUUGGAUCACGUUCUUACUACACAAGAACAGAUCUUGUCAGUGCUGCGUAUCCAAGCCUAGAUAUUAGGGUGGAAAGUGCAAGAAGAGGACACUGAAUUGUAGUGUUGGAUAACAGAUGGUGUUGGAAGGAAACUGUGAAUUUAAAAAAGACAAUGGGAGUGUGACACUAUGAACCAUGUGUUCUUUCUGUGUUUAGCGAAGAAAUAAAAAUAAAAACAAACUAAGCCUUCUCUUGCCUUUGUUAACUUGUAUUGUUUUGUUCUUACCUCUACUGUUUGCAAGUGUUUAUAAUCCAUGCAAGGUUCAGAGGAAAGGAAGAUGGUAAAACUAUUUAUUUAACUAUAAAUACAAUUUAAAUUAUAUGAUUAGUGCUGAAGUAUCAGGUGUAGAAGAAAAAAAAAACCCUUGUUGAUUGUCAGUGGAUAAUUUUGGGUUUCACCACAGAGUUGCUAUUGUUAUCACUGUUUUAACAUGACCCUGCGUCAGGUUAGGGAGGCUGCCUGGACAUUCUGUACUGCUGUUAGUGCUUCAGUUUUCCAUAGGGCUCUAUUUUCAAGGAACAAAAAAUAGAUGGGCUAAUCCUAGAAGGUGCUGCAAUGUAAGAGGGCUCCACCUUUCUCAGAAUUAGGCCCAAAGAAAACAGCAGAGAAAAACUGUACAAAUGACAAACUGUCAGUCUGGAUUUUUUAAUUUUCUGAAGAUAAAUGGUAUAAAAAUGGGAUCCAGAACCUGUAUUUGGACAAAAAAAUCUAAGGCAUUUGUAGCCUUUGUUUGUACACAAUGUUAAAUAAAAAUCUGUAUCUAUG